AAAUAGGAGAGGAUCUAAUGCAUCUUUGACACUUGAUUUAAAUCGUUCACAAGAAAAUCUUCAUUGUGGCACACCGCCCAAAGAAUGUUCCACAGAAGAAUUUUUAUUAUCUGCUGGUAACAGAAUGACUCGUAAACAACUUCGCAAUUGUUUAAAGGAUGUUAAAGCUUUACAUGCAGAAUUCUGGGAAAUACCAAUGAAUCAUCCUGAAAAGGUUGAAAUCCCUGGUUCAGGAACUAAAAAUCGUUACAAGACAAUUAUGCCAAAUGAGAAAAGUAGAGUUUUGCUUUCUGAAGAUGAUGGUGAUCCUUUAUCAAGUUACAUUAAUGCAAAUUAUAUUCGUGGUUAUGAUGGAGAACCAAAAACAUACAUUGCAACUCAAGGACCUAUGGCUCAUACUGUUGAUGAUUUUUGGCUAAUGAUUUGGAAAGAAAAAGUGCCCAUUAUUGUUAUGAUUACAAAAUUAAAAGAAAAAAAUAAGGUGAAAUGUGAACCAUAUAUACCAGAUUAUUAUGGAUGUUAUGGUGGAAUUGAAGUAAAGGUGAUGAAGGUUGUUCCAAAAGAUGGAUAUACUAUUAGAGAACUAUUGUUAAAGCAUGAGGAAGAAAUGCAUCAAGUUCUUCAUUUCUGGUAUACAGCUUGGCCUGAUCAUAAAGCUCCAAGUACUGCUAAACAAUUGUUGUCUAUGGCUCUUGAAGUAGAAGCAUUUCGUCGUGAUAAUAAAGUUUCUAAAGGCCCAACUGUUGUUCAUUGCAGUGCUGGAAUAGGGAGAACAGGAUGCUUUAUUGCAACAAGUAUUGGAAUUCAGCAGCUUUGGGAAGAAAAUAUGGUUGACGUAUUAGGAAUAGUUUGUGCUCUCAGGUUAGACAGAGGUGGAAUGGUACAGACAGCUGAACAGUAUGAAUUUGUUCAUCAAGCUUUACAUUUAUUUGAACAUUCCAUACCUGAAAAAAUUGGAGAAUGAAAAAAUGAAUUUUUCAUGGAAUUGUUUAAAUAUUAAAUCAAGUAGCAUGAAUACAUCCUGUGCAAAGACUUCAAGUUUAUAAAUGAAGAAAGCCCAAGAGAUGAUAGAAAUACAACACAGCAAGCAUGUAUUAUUUUAUGUAUAUUAUAACCACAUAAGAAUGCAGUAGUAAUAAUUUUAAAAUCCAUUUGAUGUAUGUAUGUGUAACUAAAUAUAAAUAAUUAUGUAUUUAAAUUUUUUUGUUAUAACUUAACAUUCCAAAAACUUUGAUAUUAGUUUUUGCUUGAGAACUUUUUUUUUUUUGUUGUACUGAAGCCUUAAAGUUAUUUUAUAUUAUUUAGUUAUAGUAUAUUCCAUAUAAUAUUUAAAACAAUAUAAUGUAACUUACUUACUAGUAUGUAUUAUAGUCUGUACAAUAUUUCUUACUAUUUAUUGAAUUUAAGAAUUUUAGUGAUGGUUACAUAUCUUACAUAGUUGAUAAACAGAAUAGAAUUAUAAAAAAUAGCUAUAUUUAUAUUAUAAUAGAUUUGCUAUUGACACAUUCGAAUGCAGUGCUUAUGUAUAUAAUAUCUACAGAGUUUAGUUCUGUAAGCUAUUAUUACCAUUAUGAUUAUAAUUUAGAUCUGACAUGUGUGAUCUUUAAAACUAUUUUACUUCUAUUUACAAAUAUACAGCACAAGUUAUUUCCCAUAAUCGGGACCAAAUUAAAAUGAAAAGGAAUAUUUUUUGAUCAAAGCUUAAAUUUGUCUUAAUUGAAGAAAAUUGUUUAAAUAAUUGUUA